GGGCAAGUUACCAGUCCUGCAGAGCGGAACACCGAGGCCCAGAGCGCUGAAACCUGCACCAUGGCUAUGACUUUCGGAUACUGGGACAUCCGCGGGCUGGCUCACGCCAUCCGCAUGCUGCUGGAAUACACAGACUCCAAGUAUGUGGAACAGAAGUACAGCAUGGGCGACGCUCCCGACUAUGACAGAAGCCAGUGGCUGAAUGAAAAGUUCAAGCUGGGCCUGGACUUCCCCAAUCUGCCCUACUUAAUUGACGGGACUCGGAAGCUCACCCAGAGCAACGCCAUCCUUCGCUACAUCGCCCGCAAGCACAACCUGUGUGGAGAGACAGAAGAAGAGAAGAUUCGCAUGGAUAUACUGGAGAACCAGGCCAUGGACACGCUUAUCCAAAUGGCCAGGGUCUGCUACAGUCCUGACUUUGAGAAGCUGAAGCCCGACUACCUGAAAGCACUCCCCGAGACCGUGAAGCAGUACUCCCAGUUUCUGGGGAAGAGACCUUGGUUUGCAGGGGACAAGAUCACCUAUGUGGAUUUUGUGGCUUAUGACAUUCUUGACAAACUUCGUAUAUUUGAGCCCAAGUGUAUGGAUGCCUUCCCGAACCUGAAGGAAUUCCUGGCUCGCGUUGAGGGCCUGCCAAAGAUCUCCGCCUACAUGAAGUCCAGCCGCUACCUCCCACGCCCACUGUUUCUGAAGAUUGCUGUGUGGGGUAACAAGUAGACCGUGACGUCUAUAGCCAGGUUGGAGCAUGGAGCUGUUUCUGUCAUGCCAGGCAGGCGUGGAGCCCGCCCAGCCCCGCUGGUCCCCAGUAAAGGCUUA